CUUGUUGAUAUUUCAAAUCCUAAACCUGUUUACGCAAAUUUCACCUCUAUAGCGGCCACCAAUAUCUGUUAUCUGAUCGACGAAACGCAGAUCAACCGUGCUACAGAACACAACAUUGAAGAAAAAGUCCAACUAGCCAGAAACAUUUCACGAUGUCUUCGAUCUAAAGAUGGUGAUACGAACAUUGCGACGGUUAUUUAUGAUAAUAAUUCAGCCAAGUUAGGUUUUAACUUCAAAAGCGUUGAUGAUAUUUUAAAUGAUGGAUUUCAGCAGAUGAUUGUAAAUCAAAGACAACGACGAAAUACUCAAGGUAUGUGGUAUUUCAUGAAUCACUCCCAAUUUUUCCCGUCCUCGUGCAUGUGAACCAGUUAUGUCCAAGAUAAAUGAACAUAAAUUUUACACGUAAUUUAUUUCAGAAGCUCAUCGAAAUCAAAAUAAUUCACGUAAGCGAACAACAAUCCGUUUCUUCAGUAAUACUAAAGCCAAGAAAUUCUCAGAUACAGACUCUCCGCAGACCAUGGCAUUUCUCACGGCCGCUGAGGCAGUUGUUGCUGCUGAAUCCCAGAGUACCGGGCAGAUAUCCAAUUUCAAAGUCCUGGUUAUUAGUGAUAGUGAGGUAUUUCCAGUAAUGGAUGAUGUCAAGAACUAUUUUCUGAAUGCAAGUGUCGAGAUCAAUGCUGUUGACCUGAGUAAGGAUGGCAGUUCAGAGUUAGAAAGAAUCGUCACCGUGCCAUCUGCAGAACAUUAUUUUCACAGUCCUGUUAUAAAUACUGGUCUGCAGUCAGUCGUUGACGAUGUUUGCAAAACUCUUUUAAAAGGUAAAAUAUAAGACUGGUUUACAAAUACAAUUUUGAUAGAUCUAUUAUGUGUUGAGUAAUUGCACUAAUGCAAUUAGAUAAAUUUUUGAAAUGUUUUAACAAAGUAUAAAAGUUUCAAAUAUGAUUUCAAAAUUUUAUUUUCUAGCGCCUUCACAAAAGAAUGUUAAGCCAUUCUUCAAAGUGAACAAACUCCUUGCCAGACCUCUGAAGGAGAUGACGUCAUCUUAUAUGGAGCAAAGCCCGCAGUACCAUUAUGAAGCGGCUGCAACAGGAAAUACUGACCUGAAUACAAAUCUGGAUGGUGAGAUCGAGGGAGAUUCAACUGAAUAUAAAUGGAGUCCACAGCCGGAACUGGAACCUGCCGCGUCUGUUGAAGAUAUCCAGGACACUCCAGAGGAACUAUAUGGCGCUGAGGACAAGAGAGGUGAGAGAAAAACAAGAACUAUCCUGAAAGCAUGGCAGGCCCAUGGGUCAUAUAUGUUGACAGCCUGCAUGAAUAAUAAUGGUCAUAUAUAUUGACAGCCUGCAUGAAUAAUAAUGGUCAUAUAUGUUGACAGUCUGCAUGAAUAAUAAUGGUCAUAUAUGUUAACAGCCUGUGUGAAUAAUAAGAGCAAGUGGAAACUCGAGUUUCGAGCGAAGGCCCUUCGCCUUCGCUCGAAAUGUCGAGUUUCUGCUUGUUUUUUUUUCAGGUAGUAAUAUAACCACUCAGCACCGCAAUUUCACAUUGGUACUACCCACACUGGUACAGACAGUUUUUAAAUAAUAGAGUGAUCUUUUUGUUGCAGAUAUCUGUAAAUAACUGCACGAUGAAGAUAUCUGUAAUUAAAUACCUAUCCAUUUAUUUUAUUAUCCAUGGUACUACCCACACUAGUACAGACAGUUUUUAAAUAAUAGAGUGAUCUUUUUGUUGCAGAUAUCUGUAAAUACCUGCACGACGAGUGCAACACCCACAUGCAGGCUGGCUUAUGUACAGAUGAUGAUCCUCAGGCACAAGGCAUGAAGAAGUUUUGUAAGACAACAUGUGGAUUUUGUGUUUGA